AUGGCACACCGGUUCAUGGUUCCCGACUCGAGCCCUGCGCCGUCGACCCCGGACAAGAAAUCAAGGAAUGGCAUGACCUUCUCAUUCCUGGGGGACAUGCCAUCGACGACGCCUGCUGGACCGCCCCCGUCAUCGCAAGCCUCCUUCACCCCGGCGGGAGCCCCUUCAGAAUCGUACCUUGGCAGCUCCAUCGUGCGAGGAGUAAGCACCAACAGUAAACCUUUCGGCUUUGCCGGUGCUCAAUCACAGAGUGCGUCGGGAAGGAACCUGUUUGGUCGCACUGAGCCCUCCGGUGCACCGCUCGGCCACUCCAUCAGAGGAGGUCCCCGCCAACCUUCGAGCCUGAGCAGGCAAUUUAGCAUUAGUGACGAAGAAGCAGAAAAAGAAAAAGAUUCUGAAGGAGAGGAUGAACUCCCGCCGCAUAGCCUCUUCCGUAAAUCGAACACCUUCCCCCCUCUACACGGCGGGGAGGAGGAUGGGGACGCAGAGGGCGACGACAUCGAAGCCGAAAUUGAACGGUACAUUGAUGAAGACAUGGAGGGUGACGAGGAUGCUGAAGCGGAUGAGCAGGAGGAGGAGGACAAAGGGAUGUCCGAAGGGGCCUCUGAUGAAGGGGACUUGUUUCUGAACAUGCGACACGACGACCGACCCUACGGACAUCCCAUCAUCGGGGAAGGCGACGACUUGAUGAUGCUCAAUACUCCAGCUGCGACAGACAGAGUUCGAAAGGAAGCUGAAGAUAUUUUCCGACGAUCAUCUGCACGGCUUGGUGGCUCCAUGCGACGAGAAUUUCAUUUUGCGACUAUUGCUCGAGACAUGUAUACGCAGCAAGAUGCUGCGAGGAUUACAGAGACUGCUGAUUUGAUUCUCAAAACAGAGGACUUGGUGUGCCGUCUUUACGACGACGGCAUUGGACCGGUGGAUGAUGCGGAGAAGAUGGACAACUCUUUGGCCAAUAUCACAUACCGACUGGUCAAGCUCUGGAAUGACUACGUCGAAGACUUGCCUCCGCCUGAAGGGGAAGAUUUUGCGACGAUUGGGCCCGGACCCGAUGCUGAUUCAUUUGAGAAGGCAGCAUAUGUCGCUCACUUAGUCCUGCGCUUGCACCAUACUAGGUUCGACAGUGACAUGGAAGAUGACAAGAUACCGCCUCUGCCCGAAGUUCUUUUCGAUUGGCAGCAAGCCAGCCACAACCUGUACCCAGACCAGAUUCGCGAAAUCAGCUGCUACAAGCCUGGCCCGGCUAGCCAUGGCCUGUUCUGGCAGACGCUCCGUAACGCUUUACUCAGAGGCGACGUGCGCGGGGCCACUCAGCUUUUGAAAAGUGCCGGGUGGGAGAAUGUUAAGAAGGGGCCAAGGGGCGACAAUGCGUACACCGGCAAAGCGCUGGAAAACGUUCGCCGAUUUGCGGAAGCAACCUGUGACAUGCUGGAGAAGUGUCCAGCUAUGGCGGGUGACUGGGACAUCUGGAACAGCAGCUGGACUCUGUUCCGCGUCCAGGCCCGUGGAUGUCUAGAUAGGCUGACGCUCUUUGCCGAGGGCCGCGAUACGCAAUUCUCAGGGUCCCCGGACGACACCAACUCCCCUGAGCCACGGUCCAUGUCGACGAUGGCUCGAAAGGCAUCUAGUCAAAUACCUUGGGAUGUGUACGAAAACCUACAAAUCGUUCACGGUAUUGUUCUCGGAAAACAUGAAUCCAUUUUGGAGACGGCCCAGGACUGGUGUGAGGCCACGGUUGGGCUGUUUGGAUGGUGGGAUGAUGGAAGCCACCACAGAAACCUGAGGCUGUCUCAUGCUCGAGGCUUCCGAGCGUCGUCUGGACCGCAAUUCGGAGCCUCGCCAGAUUACUUUGAGCGGCUGAGUUCCGCAUUCCGCCUUGUCCUUCAAUCGGACAUGAGCCCCAAUCCUGUGAAUGGUGUUGAGGUUGCUAUUGCCUCGUGCUUCGAGGGCAACGUGAACGGCGUUAUUGGGCUCCUUAGGACCUGGUCGCUUCCCAUAGCGUCCUCUGUAGCCGAGAUCGCCUCACUUGGCAAGUGGUUACCCCCUACAGAGACUGCCAAGCCGUUGCCAACAGACACCUUGGACAUGGAUGACCUUGCUUUGCUCGGUGUCGUGCCACCCUCGACUGACGAGCGGCAAGGAAUCAAGGAUACCACGCUCGUUUUGUAUGCGCGGGAAUUGGCUGGAAUCGACCGACUCUCUGCGAAUAAAGAUGGGUGGGAAAUGGCCAUCCAAGUCCUCGGCAGAAUGGACGUGCCAGAGAGGUCAGAGGAGACCGUCGGGGAGCUUCUCCGGGAUCUGUUGGUCAGGCUGGACGAGAACUCUAGCAGAACCGUCGACAAAAUGUGGAGGAUACUCAGUGAUCUCGGCAUGAUGACGUAUGCCGAAGAGACGGCAGAGGCGUUUGCCGACAUGUUGUGCAAAGAGUCUCAUAGAUACGGCGAGGUGCUCUGGUAUUAUGCUCUAUCACGCCGACCAGACAGAGUGCGGGAAGUGUUGAAUCUUCUCAUAUCGUAUUCACUCAUUCAGUCGACUGCCUUCCCGCCUAGGAACGACCUAGACGUGGACCUUGAAAACUUGCUUUGCAAGAGAACAGAAACGCUGGAAGCUAAAGCCAAGCAAGAUUUGGAGGCUGCACAGCUGCUGGGCCGGAUGCUCAGUGGCUAUGCGACGUUGCGGAGGUUUUACGAGAUUCGCGACGAGCAGAACCUGGCCGAGAUUUCAAAUUCGAAAGCGAGAGCGCUCAAGAAACAGGCUGCGACUGCAUUGAUGGCCGUCAUCUCCAGUGCAGAUGACAAUAUUCGAGGGGGACUGUACGACGAGUCCCGCGACGCCGUCGUCAGCGAAGACUUUUUGCUCGCCCUGCUCGGCGAGGCGACCGUCUUCAUCAACCAGACACCCUGUGCUCUCUCUCUGGACCAGAUCGACAUCCUGCUCAAGGCGGUGGAAGAUGUGCAAACUGUGGGAUCGCGGGUCUACGAUUCUUGCGCCUGCUUUUUUGACCUGGUCCUCUCGUCAGGCCAGGGUCUGAAGGGAUCCACGCCGGCGGACCUCAUGGCGAAGUCGACGGCAUCGUUGAGCGGAAGCAGUUAUGUGAUGAGCGGGAGCUCAAUGCUUGUCAGCCACAUGCACAAGUCAACCGUGGCUGGCGGCAAGGCGACACGGGGCUGGGACUGGAGGAAGGCAUGGCAUGUGUCGAGCAAAGGCGAGGAUGUGCUCCGGAGGCUGCGACUGGGGUUGUCGAAAGACCUUGCAUCUCUGUGGCUGGAGGAUGCUGACGGGGUCGCUGUAUAUUGA